GGUCGAUUUACAAACGGCGGUUUGGCGCCCUUUGCUACGGAAUUAUGCUACGGAGGAGAAGACGACUUUUCUCAUUACACCCUUCGACAAGUGUUUCAAACUAUAACAUUAUACAACAGAAAUGACUAACACAAAUCAGAGUUCCAGUUAAAUCUCUGUUCUUCAGAGUCACUGAGGGAAACAGGAGACUUUGAAGAAGGAGGGGUUGGCAAACUUUCCCUCAGUGUGGUGAGAUUGUGGAGGCAGAAGGAGGAGUUUUACCUCAGCGCAGUGAGUUUAAAGAGGCAUAAAGGAGGAAAAUGCGCUUCAUGCCUCCUGCUGAGGGAGGAACCGCUUUAUCUGCACCUGACACAGAGCCAGAGGAACAGAAAGCACCAGAUUUAUAUUUGUUAUGGCAUUAACAGACCUGUAGAUUUUAUUGCUGUGUAGUUUUUGUGUUGUAUUGUAUAAGAUGUUGUGUGAAAGCACUUGUGCAGUGCGGUUAUUGCCUCUGGCCCUCAGAGGAGACUGGAUCACACUGGAGCAGAAGAUCAAAACUUUAGACAAAGGAGAUCCAGAGCUUCUUCUGUUUGAUGAGGACUCAGGUUUAAACCUCCUGAUGGUCGUGGUGCGAGACAACCGUCUGUCUAUUCUUGACAGAUUACUGGAUCUGGGGGUCAAUAUGAAUGACAAAACAAAGGACGGACGAUCUGUGUUACAUGUAGCAGCUGCUCACUCUAAAGAUGAGAUUGUCAAACUCUUGGCAAGAAAAACCGACCCUAAUUUACUAGGAGGGCCCAGCUGUCAGUUACCCCUGCAUUACGCAGCAUCUCGGCCCACUGGAGGACUUCCAGUCGUGCAAACAUUGCUCAAAUUCAGCAGCAAAGAUGCUCGAAUCACUCUAGACAAGGACGGCCGUCUCCCACUUUUGCUGGCUGUUGAGGCUGGGAAUGUUGGAAUCGUACGGGAACUUCUCUCCAGCCAAUCGGAGCCGCAGCUUCGAGCUGUGAAAUCAGAAAACGGAGACACGGUGCUUCACAUCUCCUGCAGACGGAAAGAUGUUGAGACGGCCAAAGUCCUGGUGGAGUCCGGGGCAAAUCCUGACUCUCAAAAUAAUGAAUGGCAGACGCCUUUGCACAUCGCUGCUUUUCAAGGAGAUGAGAACAUGCUGAAGUUUUUAUACCACUGCAAAGCCAAUCCCAACAUUUUAGACAAGAUGGACAGAUCUCCUCUGCACAUCGCAGCCGAGCAGGGUCACACCAGUGUGGUCGAGAUUCUCACCGAAAAGUUCAAGUCAUGCGUGUUAGCGAGAACAAAGGAUGGAAACACACUAUUACACAUCGCAUCUCAAUGUGGUCACCCUGGCACCGCCCUGGCAUUCCUUAGGAAAGGUGUUCCCCUACAUAUGCCAAACAAGUCAGGUGCGGUGUGUUUGCAUGCAGCUGCUAAGAGAGGUCACACAGCUGUAGUGAAAGCUCUGCUCCAGAAGGGGGCGCGUGUGGACUCUACUGCUAAGACGGGACAAACGGCCCUGCACGUCGCCGUGGAGAACUGCAAGCCUCAGGUGGUGCAGAUGUUACUGGGAUUCGGUGCACAGGUGCAGCUUAGAGGAGGAAAGGCACAGGAAACCCCUCUGCAUAUCGCAGCGAGAGUAAAGGAGGGUGAACGAGUGGCCGAGAUGCUGCUAAAGAGCGGAGCAGAUGUGAAUGCCGAGCAGGAGAAUGGAGAGACAGCUAUGCAUGUUGCUGCCCGUCAUGGAUCUCUGCAAAUGAUAAAAGCUUUAAUUCAGGAGGGAGGUGACGUCACCUUUACAUCAAAGGUGGGUGAAAACCCUCUGCAUGUUGCCGUGCGUCACUGCCAUGCACAUGUGGCGGAGGAGAUCUUAAACUAUCUGAUGAAUGAGAGAAGCCACCAGGAGGCGCUGCUCUGUGUCCAACAGGGGAAUCAGGACGGUGAGACGCCACUUCAUCUGGCAGCUGAACUUAAAGGAGAGUCAGUUCAUCAGACGGACGAGGACAUCGACAUCAUCAAGAUCCUGAUGGAGCAUCAUGCUGACAUCACUGCUGUCACCAAACAGACUGGAGAGACGCCUCUACAUUACAGUGCCAGAUUGGGGAACACAGCGCUUCUUCAGGAGAUGCUCGCUUACGUUCCCAGCAGCCAACUUCAGACUGCUGUUAAUAAACAUUCAAAGAACGGUCGGUCUCCUCUACUGUUGGCCGCAGAACAAGGACACACAGAAGUCGUACAGACCUUAUUGCAGCACAAUGCCAGGGUGGAUGUGUUUGAUGAGGAGGGGAAAGCGGCGAUCCAUCUGGCGGCUGAACAAGGUCAUCAGGACAUCGUUGACAUCCUGCUAUCCCACAAGGCUUUUGUGAACGCAAAGACCAAACUGGGUCUGACUCCUCUUCACCUCAGCGCUCAGAGCGGUUCGGCACGGCUUGUCAGAUUAUUGGUGGAGACGCAUCAGGCCACUAUUGAUGCUCUUUCUCUGAGUAAACAGACACCUCUGCACUUAGCGGCCGCCAGCGGGCAACUGGACGUCUGCCACUGCCUGUUAAACCUGAAGGCGGACGUCACUGCUACAGAUAUUCAUGGGCAGACUCCUCUUCAUCUGGCGGCUGAAAACGAUCAUUCAGAGGUGGUCAAGUUGAUUCUGAGACACAGGCCGGAGUUAGCCACACUAGCUAAUGUGGAGGGAGCCACGUGUACACACAUCGCCGCGGCUCAGGGCAGCGUGGCCGUCAUUAAAGAACUGCUGAUAUUUAAUCAAGGAGGACUCGUCACUUUAAACAGCAAGGCUAACGGUUUAUGUCCGCUGCAUUUAGCUGCGGCUGGUGGUCACACAGAGGUUGUCAAAGUUCUUCUGGAUGCCGGAGCAUCAGUUACAGAAGAAGACACGGAAGGGAUGACAGCAGUGCACUUGGCUGCUAAGAACGGACACACACACAUUCUGGAGGUGUUGAAGUCCAGCAUUUCACUCAAGAUCCAAAGCUCAAAGACGGGGUUAACAGCUCUGCACGUGGCAGCAUGUUUUGGACAGCUGGAUGUCGUGAGAGAGAUGCUGAUUAAAGUUCCAGCCACAAUCCGCAGUGAAGUUCCCGUCGCCAGCGGCAACAGCCUCAGUCGAGAUGAGAUGAAGAGACAUCUGCCGCUAGUCGAGUCAGGUUACACUCCUCUUCAUCUGGCAGCUCAGUCCGGUCAUGAGAAUCUGGUUCGGUUGUUGUUGAAUUCUCCUGGUGUCCAGGCUGAUGUGAAAACAGAUGUACAGGGCUCCACUCCUCUGCACCUGGCAGCUGAGAGCGGACACACGGCUGUGGUGGGUUUGCUGCUCAGUCGCUCUGGAUCUCUUCUGCAUCUGACAGACAAACGCGGGUGUUCCUGUCUGCACCUGGCGGCUGCACACGGCCAUGUGGCCAUGAUGAGAGUCUUACUGGGUCAAGGAGCUGAAAUCAAUCAUACAGAUAAGAGCGGAUGGACUCCACUGCACUACGCAGCUAAAGCCGGCUCUCUGGAGGUUGUGUCGUUUCUGGUGGAGAGCGGAGCGUCGCCGCGGGCUGAAUGUCGUGCCGGACGAACUCCACUACAGUACGCUGCUCAAGAGAAUCAUGAGGCCACCGUCAUCUUCCUGCUCAGACGAGAGAAGAACAUCCUCAGAUUGCUGGAUGACAAGAAGUUUGUCUUCAAUCUGAUGGUGUGCGGACGGAUGAAUGAUAAUCUUGCUCUGGAAGAGUUUGUUCUGCACUCCUCCGCUCCGCUGGAUACAGCCAUACGUCUGUCACGAGCCCUGACUCUGGCCGCUCUCAGAGAAAAAGAGCGUUCUGUUGACCUGCAUGCAGCCGCUCAGCACUGUGAGAUGAUGGCUUCUGACCUCCUGACAUUAGCGGCAUCUACCGGAGGUCAGGGUGCAGGUCCUAUCAUCAGGGCUGUGGACCACCGGGGUGCCAGUGUACUGGACUGUCUGAUCGAGGCCAGACAGAAAGGUGUAGUGUCCCAUCCAGCUGUACAGAAGUACCUAACAGAUGUGUGGUAUGGAAGCCUCCAGUGGGACUCCUGGAAGAUCUUGCUGUUGUUCUUCUGUUUGUUAUUUUGUCCUCCUCUAUGGUUGGUACUCUCACUGCCCCUCAGACACAGCUUCAACACCAUCCCGAUUGUGAAGUUCAUGAGUCAUCUUGUGUCACACCUCUUCCUGUUGGCUCUCUUCAUCCUGACCAUCGUUUAUCCCCCCAUGAACCCUCUGUCUCAGGCUCGAUUGGUGCCCGGUUGGUCUGAAUGUCUUUUGCUGAUCUGGCUCUUCGGACUGCUGGUGUCCGAGCUGACGAUCCCCAGCGAGCGAGCCGGUUUAGCGUGGAUUCGACUUCUACUCCUGGGUUUUUCUGCCGCCGCUCUUCUCUGUCACGUCCUGGCCGUCAUCACUCAGUGGUGGCCGCCGGCUCACCUUCACUGCUUGUUUGCCCGGAACGUUCUCCUCGCUGUUUCCAUGACCCUGGGCUUCAUACAGCUUCUGGAGUUCCUGACAUUCCACCAUUUGUUCGGCCCAUGGACCAUAAUAAUUCGAGACCUGAUUAAAGAUCUGUGUCGGUUCGCUGUAAUUCUCAUGCUGUUUCAUACGGCCUUCACGCUGAGUCUGACGGCUUUAUGCCAGCCUUUGUAUCCUCAAACCAAUCCUCAGAACAACAGCGGCAUCAAUGCCACUGAAGUCAAAGUACCUGGCCCUUUAAAUAUGUCCGUGCUCCUAUUUUUCGCUCUGUUUGGCCUGACCGACCCAGACAAAAUUCCAGACGUGGAACGUUCGCCUCCCGCGACUGCUAUUUUGGCGAAAAUGGUCUUCGGUAUCUAUUUGGUGCUCACCUUUAUCGUGUUGAUAAACCUACUCAUCGCCAUGAUGAGUGACACUUACCAGCGGAUUCAGGCACAGUCCGACACGGAGUGGAAAUUUGGCCGUGCCGUCCUCAUUCGAGAUAUGAGCCACAAGUCUGGAAUUCCCUCACCGUUCAACCUCUUCACCAACCUGUUUUAUUACAUGAAGGUCUUCUGCAAACGUGGAGGAAAAAUCUGCUCUACUGAUGAUCAUGAUGUGAUGAAUGAUAAUGAAGAUACUGAAGGUCUGUCAAGAUCACGUUCUUUAGAUCUAAUGCCUCAUACAUCAGUCAGCUGGGUCAGAGGUAACAAGAGAUCACAGAUCCUCCCUGAUGGCAAACAGAUGAUGUCCAGACCUGGAGGACAGCUGCGUGUUGAGAGCGUGGUUCACUGGCCACAGAUAGUCCAGCAGUUUUUAACCCAACACAGACAGAGAGACUGAUCUUCUCCAGAUGAAUGCCCAGCAUCAUGACAGAUAUUCUGCACUGCCUGUGAGCGUUUCACUUCUACCAUCUGUAACAAUGGCACCAGAAAGCAAACUUAAGACUGCCUUCAUAACCCCAUCUCUACAAGUUUAACGUGAUGCCCUUUGGUCUUAAAAAUGCUCCAGCUACCUUUCAAAUGCUCAUGCUGCUUAGUCUACCUGGAUGACAUCAUCAUCUACUCCCCUUCAGUGUCACAUCAUUUGUUGGACCUCCUAAAGGUGUUUAACAAACUUCAUCAAUUCAUUAAUUUAAAGAAAAGUAGCUUCGGCAUGAAGGAAAUCAAGUUCCUAGGGUACAUAUUUAGUACAGAAGGUAUUACUGCAGAUCCGGAAAAGGUGCAAAGCAUCCAGUCAUAACCCAUUAAACCAAAAACGUAAAAAAGUGCAAAGGUUUCUUGGCUUGUCUGGUUGGUACCAUCGUUUUGUGCCUGGAUUCUUCAAGAUUGCAGAGCCAUUAUAUGAUCAAAAAAUAGGACACUUACCAGCAGUUUUAACCCAACACAGAGAGAGAGACUAAUCUUCUCCAGAUAAAUGCCCACCAUCAUGACAGAUAUUCUGCACUGCCUGUGAGCGUUUUACUUCUACCACCUGAGCCCAGAUCAGUCUUACCUUUCUGUUUGAUAAAUCAACAUUAGUUUUGUUAUGUGCGCAGCUCCACUUGUUUCUGCAAUCCGUUGAGUUUUAUAGAGACUUUGAAGGAUUUUGUCAUUUUUCAUUAAUUGUGUUUGUGUGACAUCGUAUAUCUGUGUCAAGUUAAUGUCGACUGAAAUUUCAAAGAUAAAAAACAUUCAAGCACUGCCCAGAGUUUGUUACAGUAUUACUCUUUAGUUUUUACUGUUGUAAGUUUUAUUAGCGUUGUCACAGUGUUCAUGAUAUGAAUAAAUAUCUUCUUGUAAUUGUUUUGUUUUGUAAGUCCACAUGUAAAUGACACACGUGUCAAACUCCAGUGCUGUACAUUCAUCUAUACUGUAUAUUACUGUAUACAUUUAUAGAAAUAACAAAAAUCCUGUUUGUUUGCUUUUGUCUGUUCUGGAAAAAGAAAUAAAAUCACACAUUUAUCAGGCUUGUUAUAAUAGACGUUCAUGUUUAACUAUACCAACAUCAUUACGUCAUUUAUCCUUUAUAUUAAUGUAAACAUGUGACCAUUCAUCUAAAAUCAGAUCUUACAGGUCUGAUCCUCCUGAGAUGAGAUGAAGCAGACUCUUCAGUUUUAUAUCUGAUAAUAUCAUCUACAGGAUGAAUCUGUUUCACACCAGACGAGAGCAGCUGGAGAUUCAUAACUUUUAAACUUAAAACAACUCAGAUUUAUGUUGGUGAAUUCUCUGUCAGGUUUAACUUUGGAUGAUGUGAUGAGUGAAAGAGUAAACAUUUAUAAUGAGAUGAAACUGAUGUUCAUCUGUGUUUAUGUUCAGAGAAAGAGAGAGACUCAUCCUUCCUGCAUUAAAGAA